AUGCUCGGAUCUUCCAUUCUUUUGCUGUCGUCCCUGGUGGCCGGCGCUUUCGCCGCUGCCCGGACCUCGCCCCCGUCCGGCGCCCUCGUCGUCGCCAAAUCUGGCGGCAAGUACAGCAGCAUCCAACAGGCUGUCAACGCCGCCAAGUCCGGCAGUGUCAUCUUUAUUCAGCCCGGAACCUACAACGAGCAGGUUUUGAUCCCGGCUUCCGUUGGUGCUCUUACCAUUUACGGUUACACCACAAACGACCAGGACUACUCCAAGAACCAGGUCACUCUCACACACAGUCUCGGCGCUGACCAAGCCGGCAGCAACGAUGCCUCCGGCACGCUCCGCGCCAAGAACGAUAACCUCAAGGUGUACAACAUCAACAUUGUCAACUCGCGCGGCAAGGGCAUCCAGGCUAUUGCUCUCUCUGCUUAUGGUAACCAGCAGGGCUACUACGGCAUCCAGGCCAAGGGCUACCAGGACACCAUCUUGACGAACCAGGGCAAGCACUACUUCCACGGCUCUUACAUUGAGGGCGCUACCGAUUUCAUCUUUGGCCAGAAGUCCGUUGCUUGGUUUGAGUCUUGCACGCUUGCCAUCAGCGGUAAGGGUUACAUCACCGCCAACGGCCGUGACACUUCGAGCAACCCCUCGUGGUACGUGAUCAACAAGUCCACCGUCAAGGCCUUGUCCGGCGUCGGCGCUGGUCAGACCUAUCUCGGCCGCCCCUGGCGCACCUACGCCCGCGUCACCUUCCAAAACACCAACCUCGGCUCCGUCGUCAACUCUGCGGGUUGGAUCAAGUGGGGAGACAACCCGACCAACAACGUCCAGUACAGCGAAUAUGGCAACACUGGUGCAGGCGCCAGCGGCACCCGCGCCAGCUUCUCUAAGAAGCUGAGUGCUGCUCUGAAGAUCGGUGACAUCCUCGGCUCCACUUCUUGGAUCGACUCCCAGUACACCAGCGGCCAGAAGUCCGCCGCCGUCUCAGCCGAGGUUUCUGCUCCUGCCGUUGCCGCUGACGUCAAGGUCUCCCCGACUACAUUGGCCACCGUCGUUAAGGCUGUUGCUACUCCUGCUGCCCAGGCUGCCGCUGCUGACGACUGCAGUGGUACCGCUGAUGGCUUUGCUUCCCUGAAUGGCGGCACUACUGGUGGCAAGGGAGGACAGGUUGUUGUUGUCAAGACUCAGGCCGACCUUGAGAAGUACGCCAGUGCCUCGGGCAAGUAUGUCAUCAAGGUCUCUGGCAAGAUCACCAUCACUCCCAAGGGCAAGGAGGUCAAGGUUUCUUCUGACAAGACCAUCGUUGGUAUUGGAGCGACGGCCGAGAUCGACCAGGGUGGCUUCAACGUUCAGAACCAGCGUAACAUUAUCUUCCGCAACAUCAAGAUCGGCAACACCUAUGUCGAGGGAGAUGAGGAGGGUAAGACUCAGGACUUUGACGGCAUUCAGAUGGACAACUGCACCAACAUCUGGAUCGAUCACGUCCACCUUGAGAAGGGCGGUGAUGGUCUCAUUGACAGCCGUAAGGACACCACCUUUUUGACCGUUUCCUGGACCAUCCUCCGCAACCACAACAAGGCCUUUGGCAUUGGCUGGACCGACAACGUCAGCACCCAAAUUACUAUCCACCACAACUACUUCGACCAGACGAAGCAGCGCAACCCUUCUGUAGACAACGUCAAGAACGCUCAUCUGUACAACAACUACCUGGUCGGUCAGACCUCGUACGGCCACUACGCUCGCGGCAAGACCGAGAUGCGCAUGGAGAACUGCUACUUCGAGAAGGUCAAGAACCCCAUCCAGGCCGACAGCACUGCCAAGCUCAGCGCCACCGGCAACGUCUUCAAGAGCACCAGCGGCACCACCGCCAAGAACGCGGGUACCGUCUUCGACCCCAAGAAGUUCUACAGCUACAAGGUCGACGCCGCCAACGACGUCCCCAGCAUUGUCUCCAAGGGUGCUGGUCGCCAGGCCAGCAUCUGCGCUGCUUAA